GGGAGCGUGAAGGAGCGGGGCUGAGAGGGGGGCGAGCGGAGCGGGACGAGCUGCCCGAGCCCGGGGCUGCCCUGCCGGGCCAUGGCACGGCGGGACGGCGGCGGGACGGCGCUGCGGCUGCUGCUGUGGCUGUGGCUGUGCGCGCUGUGCCCCGGCCCGGCCGCCGCCUGCAGCCCGCGCUGCCGGCACGGCGGGCUCUGCCUCGCCGACGGCUCCUGCCUCUGCUCCAAGGGCUACGAGGGCGAGCGCUGCCAGCACGCUACAUGUUAUCCAAAAUGCAAAAAUGGGGGAGAGUGCCUCCGACCUGGAAAAUGCAGAUGUCCACCUGGCUAUGGGGGUAGAUACUGUCAUAAAGUAAGCUGCGAAGGAGGCUGUCAGAAUGGUGGGGAAUGUGUCUCUGUCAAUGGAGGUGUGAAGUGCCUGUGUGCUUCUGGCUGGACAGGAUCAAGAUGCCAGGAAGCAAUUUGUCCUCAAGGUUGUCGCAAUAAUGGAGCUUGUGUGGCUCCUGGGAUUUGUAGCUGUCCAGCUGGAUGGGUCGGUAGAGCAUGUCACUUAGCUGUAUGUAAACUGUCCUGCCAGAAUGGAGGGAAAUGCAUUGCUCCAAACGUGUGUAGAUGUCGACUGCCAUACUCUGGGCCGCAGUGCACAAAGAAAAGGAAGGAAUGAAGCAACUUCAGCCAAGAUAAGCUGCACUUUUUUUCAUGUAACUAUACAGAGAGGAAGACUGCAGCAGUGGGUGACCUUAAAAUAAACAUGGUAACUUGAUUUCAGACAGCUUUUUGUUGUCACUAUAUUAAGUACAUACUUUUCUAUAUGAAAGAAAGGUAUUGCUGAUUGUAGGAAAGUUAAAAUAUCCAACUGUGUGCAGUGUAUGACACGUUUUCUUCUUUUCUUCAUAAGCAGAAAUAUUAUGCCUUGAUACAGCUGACCUUGAAAUAAAAUUUUCUUCAAAUCAAGUACUUCAGAAUAGAUCUAUGCUCUUCUUUUUGAUUUUUCCUCUCCUUUGACUAGACUUAUUGUUUUCUAUAAUUACAUUUUUAAAAAGCACAUGAAACAAAAAGCCCUCAAUUCAGAUCAUCAGAAGUGAAUGUUAGUUCAAAUAUAAUUUGCCUUAUUUGAGAUUGAACAGUUGUGAGAGGAAACUUGCAGAGCUUGCAUCUUUCUGGAACAUUACCAAACUGCAAAGCAUCUUAUUUAAAUCAUGGUUAUCACUUUAUGCCUGCUUGCUGUCCCUCCCCUUCCAAUCUGAUCUGGAUCUCAAUCAGCUAAACAGUAUUUCAAAAAAACCCCAACAACUAACACUCCCCCGCCAAUACUUGUUCAGACAAUUCUGCUAUUGCUUUCUAAAAGCUUAAUCCACGCUGAUACUCUGAGACCUUGACUACUAUUACAGUCAUAUUAUCUGAUCAUCUCUCAACUUCCAAUAAUUUCUUGUCCUUAUCCCAGUGAGACAGGGGAAUGCAUUUUUCUUCUGGAGCCAUUGAUAAUUCUAUGCUAUUCAAAACUGUGUUGUUACAGGAGCAGUAUAAUGGGAGGCUGCAGACUAGCAGUGAGGAAAAGCUGUGCCUGUCACAAAUCACAUGUGUGGGGGAUGUUGACACUUGUCUUCUGGAGAUGUGCCUGCUCGGCUUCAUUUAGGUUUUGCAGCCUUUUGAAUGGGCUGCAGAAUGUCUAAUGCAGAAUACUGAGUCUCCUAUGUUUGCUGUUCCUUGUCUCAUUUGUGCUGUUUCUUGAAUGGUACUGUUGAGGAAGGUUUUGCAAAAACAUGCAAACAGAAUCAGUUAAGAAAUGAUGCUCAGAUCUAUUUUUAUUUUUUUGAGAGAUUGAUUUUCAUUUUCUUCUAGAUGGAACUGGAAUUCUAUUUUUUUUUUUUUUUUUUUGUGGGAGAAUUUUAGCUAUGCAUUACUUUAGUCCAUUUGUUGGAACAACAUUUUAACUGUGUUUAACUACCAGAACAUGUAUCCUUCAUGGGCAGUGACUUAUAUGGACCUGUUUCUCCUGGGAUUAGAAGCCACUGAGCAAAGAGGCAAAGGUAAUGGGGUCUUCUCAGUUACCAGUCUUCCCUACAAGAGAGUGCCCAAGCAUGCAGAGGGCAAUUGAAAGGCAAUGGCUUAGUUCCUGAGACUCCUGUUUACUGUUAUGAACAAUCGCUGUGUGGCAUUGCUGUUCUGCAAUUGCUUUGAAGGCUCUUGCCUUUGGCUCAGAGGAAACCUGCUGCAGAGAUGUUGUGAAGGAUUUCCUGCAGGGACAGGGUACAACAUAAGAGAAAUGCACAUUUUUUGUGCCGCUUUUGCUGGGAUACCCUGGCUAUUCCAUACCUGCUGGUGAAAAUGUGAUUCUCGUGUGCGGAACAUGAUUUAAUCAAUGGUUCUGAAGUUUUAUAAUGAUGGUGAUGAUGAUGAUGAUGUAAUUCUGUGUCACAGUCCAUUACAUCAUGCCAUAAUUUAGAAAUUCAGGAGUUAGGUUGAGUAUCUAAGGUGACGUACUGUUUGCAGGAGAAUGAAUGAGGAAAAAAAUUACUUGCACCAUACCCAGAAUUUAGAAUAAAUAAUCAGUACUAUGUAAAUACAAAGAGGCAUAAUAUCUCAGUAUUAUUGCCAAAAAGACUGACUUCUACUAAUAAAGACAAAAGUGACAGUAAUAGUGGCUAUAAGCUGGAAGAGAUAUUGGCAUUGUCAGGAGCAAGAGAGCAGAAGCAGUCAUUGAGAGACCUGUAAUUGGUGCUUCUGAACAGGCCAAAACAAAUGCUAAUUUAGUUUCCUGUUUAGAAAUGAUUGAAGUAAGCAGUAAUUUGAUGCCACACAGAAUGCAAUGGCUUAUUUCAGAAAUACUGCUUGAAAGCAGCACCAUCUACUGGCUACAGUGUUCUUUGUAGGUUUUUUGUUUUGUUUUGUUUUCAUUUUAAGAAAUAUUUCUUAUCAUUCAAUUAAACUUGAAGUGAAUUUAAAAGUGAUUCUUCUUGUUAGUUAGAGUCAAACAAUCUUAGAAUGUAUUAAUGACAGUCUGUGUCCCCAGAUUACUAUUUCCACAGUUAAACAUACUAAAAAGACUAAAAGAGCUGUCAGUAAUUCUUGUCUUUUGUUUGUUUUCUGCUCGCUGGAGGAUUGAACAUACUUGUUACAGCAUGUACUUUUUGGAGAUAGCUAUGUCUUCCUUUAGGGAGAUAAGUCAUGCAUGCAGCUCAAAGGCUGAGAAAUGCAACACAGAACAUGCUAGCUCCCUUAUUUGUUAGGGCUAACUGUAACACCUUAUACAGAUACCCUGGUUUUCACUUAAACAACUGUAAAAAUUUUAGGGGUAUUGCAGUGGUUGCAUUUUUGGUACUCUCUUGCUAGAGUUUGCAUGGAAAGGUGAGAUGUUUCUUCUUUUUGGUGUAUUUACAUGCACAUUUUUAUUUGCUUUCUCUUCUGCUUUAAGUGCUUCUGGCAAGAAUGUAUUUACUUGGUUUAGCUAUAAAAUGCCAUUUACUAGCUAAACUGUGGGCAGAAGUUGGGUAAAAUGACCUGAUACUAGCAUGUGGCAUCUUUAAAUGACAGAAACUGCAUAAACAACUUCAGUUAUUUGCAAAACUUUCUAACCUCUAAAUUCAGGUUGGUAUAUGUUCCUCAGUGUUAUGUUUUGAGAAUUUAAAUUUUCAGUUUUUCUGUUUGGACAAAUAAUGGAGUGGGUAUAGCAAAUUUGUAAAUUAGCUUCAGUUGUUAUAGCUAUUUACUUAAGGGCUUCUGCUGAUAUUUCUUUGUGAGUUUGCUUUUGAUAAAUGGAAACAUUAACUUUCUCUUCUCAGCUAUGAAAAUAUAUAAUUAACUUUUUUAAAAAGAAAGACCCUUUCCCACUUGUGUUUUUUUUUUUAAAUCAUAGCCAGCAUGACUAUCUGUGGUAUCUUCUGUGAUACAAACCCUUCAGAGAGCAUUCACUGUUACUGCAGUUUAAAAGAUCUUUUCAAGAUCAGGGGCAAAAAUCAAUGUGCACUCAGAAGAAUUUCUGCUGGCCUGCAGGGCAACUGUAGUACAGCCAGGUAAUAAAUAGAUGAUGUACAUAGGUACCUUCCAGCAUCUUUAGUAUCUAAAGAAAUCACACAAGAAAAUUCAGCCAAGAUACUGGUAUUGUGCAUAAUGUGGUAAGAAUCACCGCAAAAUCUUUAGUUUCAUACAAGUUGCCCUUCAUUCCUUCAGAGUGGAACUGUGUUGACUCCAACCCCAUCCCCUAAUUCUUUUGGGCCUAAUUGCAGUUUACAAUUUUAACUGUUCUGUUAACCUCUGUACACAAGCCCUCUAUAUAAAUCCACAUCUUGUUACACUGACCAAUUUUACUGUAUUGUUGACAAGUGCUUUCUAAUUACAGUGAAUUCUGUUUCAUGUGUAUGAUGGACAAUGUAGUAACAAAAUAGAUUCAACUAAUCAUAUAAUUAAUGGGCAGUUUUGAAGUAGCUGUCUUGCAUGUACUAAUAAUUUUUCUGCACAAUAUGCUUGCUGGAAAAUAGCAAAAAUAGCCCAGCUUAGCACUGAGCAUUUUUAGCUACUGUAGCAAAACUCUGGAUGUGCUUUUGUUCACACAGCUUGCAUUUGGAAAAUGUAAAAUAAUUUCUGCUUUUAAAACCAUCGAAAAUAAUCAGCAAACACUAACAGUUAUAAUAAAAAAACCCUUUAUUUGCGCCUGAAAUCCUUGAAAUACACAUAUAUAUAUUGAUUGAGUUUUGUGAGUGAAGGACUGCACAAACUCAUUAACCAAAGU